AUAUGUACUUCUUUAAAUAUUAAUUAUUAUUAUUUUAUAUAUAUAUAUAUAAUAUAAAAAUAAUUGUUACGUACAAUGGAAGAAUAUCCACCUAUUAAUAUUCGUUUAGCAGUAAACAGAGCCGAUUUAAAUUUAUUAAAAAAUAAAGAUAUACAACCUCGAAUAUAUACUCCUGGAGAAGAAAUUUCUAGUCAAUCUGAUUUCUUAAGAGGACAUGGAACAUAUGUAGAUGACGAAAAUACAUUACGUGCAUCUGUAGCUGGUAUUUUAGAAAAAGUAAAUAAGCUUAUUUCGAUAAAACCUUUAAAAGCACGUUAUCAAGGUGAAAUUGGAGAUGUAGUUGUUGGACGUAUAACUGAAGUACAACAAAAACGAUGGAAAGUUGACACAAAUUCUAAACUUGACUCUGUAUUAUUACUCUCCAGUGUUAAUUUACCAGGUGGAGAAUUGAGAAGAAGAUCAGCUGAAGAUGAACAAACUAUGAGACGUUAUCUUCAAGAAGGAGAUUUAAUUUGUGCAGAAGUACAAAGUACUUUUGUAGAUGGUUCUCUUUCAUUACAUACUAGAGUUUUAAAAUAUGGUAAAUUAUCUCAAGGUAUAAUGUUAAAAGUUUCACCAGCUCUUAUAAAACGGAAAAAGACACAUUUUCACACUUUAGAAAAUGGUGCAAGUUUAAUAUUAGGAAAUAAUGGUUAUAUAUGGAUUGGAGCUAGUAGACAAGAUACUGAUAGAUCAGAAGGUGGUUUCACACAGGACUUAUCAAGAAUUCCUCAAGUAAACCGUGAAAACUUGGAAACAACAAAGUUACACCAAAGAAACAUGGAUGCAUGUUUUACUGCAUUUGAUAAAGAUGGAGAUGGAUAUUUAUCUAUUACAGAAUUUGAAUUUAUUUGUCGUGCAUUAUUUCGCAAUGAUCGUGGAAAAGUAUAUAAUGUUGAAGAAAAUCAAUUAAAAGAAAUAUAUUCAGUAUUUGACUUGAAUGGAGAUGGAAAAAUUGAUAGAGAAGAAUUUGAAAUAUGUUGGAAUCGUUGGAUUAAAAUAUGCACCCGUCCAAAGAGUGCAUUUUUAAUUGUGGAUGUUCAAAACGACUUUAUAACAGGUUCUUUAAAUAUUAAACAAUGUGCUGCACAACAUGAUGGUUCAGAAGUAAUUGACCCAAUUAAUCGUUUAUUAGAAACUGUACAAUUUGAUGCAGUAUUUUAUUCUCUUGAUUGGCAUCCUAUAGAUCAUGUAUCUUUUAUUGAUAAUUUACAUCUAAGAGAAAUUGAUCCCAGUAGUGGAACAUCAAAAGAAACAGCACAAGUUUAUGAUACCAUAACAUUUAGAGGUCCACCAUUAUUAAAACAACGUUUAUGGCCUCGUCAUUGUAUUCAAGAUUCUUGGGGUGCUGAACUUCACAAAGAUUUGAAAAUUAUAGAUAAUGCAAUUAAAAUAUAUAAAGGAACUAAUUCAGAAGUAGAUUCAUAUUCGGUCUUUUGGGAUAAUAAAAAGAUGAUGGAAACAAGUUUAUCUUCGCAAUUACAAGAAAAGGGGGCAACUGAUAUAUAUAUAUGCGGAUUAGCCUAUGAUGUUUGUGUUGGAGCUACUGCUGUAGAUGCACUUACAAGCGGUUAUCGGACUAUUCUCAUUGAUGAUUGUAGUCGAGGAGUAGAUCUUGUUGAUAUUGAAAAAACUAAAGCUACUGUUAUAGCUAAUAAUGGAGUAAUUGUAAAUUCAAGUCAAGUAAAAGCAAUGGUUGAAGGAAAAGAUCGCCGACCAGAACUUGGAUAUAAAUUAGCUAUAGAAAUUAAACAAAAAUUAACUUUUGUAGAUGACGAUAAUCAAUAAUUUUAUUUUCUUGUAAUUUAAAAAAUAGUACAAAAUGUCAUACGAACAUUAGAUAAAUUAAUAUAAUAUUUUA